AUGUCGGUCAGCGAUAGCCUCGAAAUGCAAGCCAUCGUGGAAGAUAGCCUGCACACGAUGAGGCGACAUUUGCUGCAGCAGACGCCCUUUCUGGAUGCUGCUGCUCUCAACAGCGCUCUCGUAGCAGCCGGUCGCACUACCAAGAAGACCCUCCAGCAGCAACGAAUUGCGACAGAGAAGUCUCGAGCGCGAUUUGACUUCUUCAAACUCCCAGCGGAACUCCGCAAUCGUAUCUAUGAGCUCGUGAUCCUCGGCCGUCACGAGCGCAAGGUCUACGACGAAAACGAUCCUGAGAACUGGAACAACGUCUGCAUACAAAAUGCGGCAAUACUUGACAACAACCACAACUUCUUCCACUUCGGCAAUUGCAUCAAUGGUGAGCCUGACUACAACGAGACGAGACAGAAAGACGCAAUGCCCCCUUCUCUUGCACAAGUCUGCCGAAGGAUCAGGAACGAAACAUUGCCCAUCUUUUAUGGACAGAAGACCUUCACCGCUUACGUCAAUACACGCUAUAUGCCGACAUUCAAGCCAGGCACCAUGGCAGGCGUGACACGAUGGCUGCGUUGCGUGGGAACGGAUCAAGUACCGCUCAUCAAGCAUCUUCGGAUCAGAUUGCCUCUGGUAUCACAUUGCGUGAUACGAUGCCAAUGCGUGCGAAGGUGUCAUUUCUGGAAGCCCAAAGAUGCAGCAGAUGUUGUCGCACAGCUUGGUCUAGAGCACUCUGGUGUGCCACCGGUGGCUAUCAUUGUGGAAGCCAUGCCGGGUCAGCCUGGGUCUCGUGGGCUCGUGAGGUAA